AUGGACAAUAUGGACGGCUCUAAUCUUCGUAGUUUAAUGAAAAAUGCCCUUAUUGAUGAUCAUAGUCUGCACGCACCGACAUUUCUUGUGCAUGUUUUCUCCGUCAACGGCAUGACAUCUUUAUUCUUGUGCUUGUGCUCGAAUGGAUGUGGUCAAUGCAAGUGUCAUAUUCGUUUGUCCUUAGUUUCAUAUUCCAAUCCUUGUGCUAGGGUCCUGUCCGUGGUUCGCUGGAUGUGCUGGGAUUGGAUGGGAGAAAAAGAACAACGAAACACGACUCGAAUCGACCUCACAGCAGAGAAAACAGGAUGCCAGACACAAAAAACCUUGCUCGUUACAAGUAUGCGGGUGCAGGUGCACAGUUUUGUUGGUCCUGUUCUCUGUCACCUUACGUUUGUACAAUGUUCUGUGUCUGUGUUUAGUUUAGUAACAACAGAGGGGGUUGAUCAACUAUGUCUGUUUGCUUUUCUUUCCUCCACAUCCCACACAACCCCUCAGCAUCCCGUACAACUCAACCCAAUUCACCCACAAGUUUGGCAUAUCGACACUGGCUCUUACUCGUUUCCCCCCACACUCUUUAGGGGGUGGGAUAGAAGUAAGAUGAGAAUAGAAAAACAAGAGCAAAGGGUGGGAGAAGGCACGGGCGGAAAUGAAAAUGCUGGAAAACAGCAGAAUAUCAAGAGGUCUCUUUUUUUCUGCGCUUUUUGGCUUCCCAUCUUGCCUAAUAACGUCCUCAUUGACUAGAUUAUUCAUUUUGAUCAUUGUUCACUGUCUAUCGGUUUGUAGAAUUGCAAUUGACUGAUGCUGGUUGUUUAAUAUAUGCUUUAUUAAUGUAGUUAUAAGAAUUAGUCGCU